UGGCGCCGUGGAAGUCGGACCGAGAGGAGCAAAGUGCCAUUGAGUUGAGUGAGACCGCUACAGGAUUUGUGAGAUCCAGCUGAACUGAGAGCAGCACAAUGGCAGAUUCCACUGAGAUCAAUGGCCACACACUCCAGGAAACAUGGGAAUCUCACAACAAGAUGGUACUGGAACCACUUGACACCAAUGAUCCAGAGGUGUAUGAGAUCAUCCGAAAAGAGAAGCACAGGCAGCGGUACGGCCUGGAACUCAUCGCUUCAGAGAACUUUGCAAGCUGUGCUGUUCUGCAGGCUCUGGGCUCCUGUUUGAAUAACAAGUAUUCCGAGGGCUAUCCCGGGCAGAGGUACUAUGGCGGAACAGAGUUUGUGGAUGAGAUGGAACGUCUUUGCCAGAAGAGGGCUCUUGAAGUGUAUGGUCUGGAACCACAAAAAUGGGGCGUCAACGUACAGCCGUACUCUGGGUCUCCUGCUAACUUUGCAAUUUAUACCGCCCUGGUGGAGCCUCACGGGAGGAUUAUGGGUUUGGACCUUCCAGACGGGGGACAUCUGACCCACGGCUUCAUGACUGACAAGAAGAAAAUCUCAGCCACGUCAAUAUUUUUUGAGUCCAUGCCUUACAAGGUUCACCCUGAAACAGGUUAUAUUGACUAUGACAGGCUGGAGGAGAAUGCCCGUUUGUUUCACCCCAAGAUGAUUAUUGCAGGUGUUAGCUGUUACUCCCGUAACUUGGAUUACGCUCGGAUGCGACGUAUUGCAGAUGAGAAUAACGCCGUUCUCAUGGCUGACAUGGCGCACAUUAGCGGGCUCGUAGCAGCCGGGGUUGUUCCUUCCCCAUUUGAACACUGCGAUGUUGUAUCCACCACCACCCAUAAGACUCUGCGCGGCUGCCGGUCUGGCAUGAUCUUCUACCGGAAAGGAGUCCGCAGUGUGGAUCCAAAGACCGGAAAGGAAACGCUCUAUAACUAUGAGAGCUUGAUUAAUCAGGCUGUGUUUCCCGGCCUGCAGGGAGGACCCCAUAAUCACGCCAUUGCAGGAGUCGCCGUCGCCCUGAAACAAGCUCUAUCCCCAGAAUUCAAACUCUACCAAAAACAAGUUGUUUCCAAUUGCAAGGCCUUGUCGUUGGCUAUUGAAGAGCUGGGCUACCAUGUUGUAACAGGUGGAUCUGACAAUCACCUAAUUCUAGUUAACCUUCGUGAUAAGAAGACUGAUGGAGGCAGGGCCGAGAAGGUGCUUGAAGCUUGCUCCAUUGCCUGCAACAAGAACACCUGUCCAGGUGACAAGAGCGCUUUGCGGCCCAGUGGAUUGCGGCUUGGGACUCCAGCCCUGACCUCUCGUGGAUUCAAUGAGGAAGACUUCAAGAAAGUGGCCCAGUUUAUUCAUAGAGGCAUUGAGCUGACCCUGGAGAUUCAGAAGUCAAUGAAUCCUGGAGCCACACUGAAGGAUUUCAAGGAGAAAUUGGCCUCUCAAGAUGUCCACACCCCAAAAAUCUUGGCCCUGAGGGCCGAGGUGGAGAAAUUUGCUGGUACUUUCCCUAUCCCUGGACUUCCCGAUCUGUGAAUGUAAUAUUUGGGAUGUUCCGUAGUGUUUUGAUCGUCUUAAUUUACACUGCUGUUAAUCGUGAACUCUAGACUGGAUCCUGUUAUACUGUGACUGAUGUUUUGUAACGGUUAGAAAACAGACACCCACCUCAUUUCACUAUACACCCCUGUGGCUUUUUGCUGGUGCUCUGAAUAAUAAAC